CGCACCACUGGAGCAGCAGCAGCGGUCGCUUUGAGGUCGAGCGAGAGAGCCCCUAAGGGAGAGGGUGGCGCGCGCGAGAGGGUUGAAAAGAGAGAGAGGGAAAGAGAGAGAGAAAGAGAGAGAGAGAGAGAGAAAGAGAGAGAGAUAGUAGUAGCGUGCGCGCGUGUAGUAGAGAGGUACUAUCCUCGAAAGGAUAGAAGGACGGAUAACGAGGAGAAGGAAAGAGCGAGAGAGAGAGAGAGAGAGAGAGAGGGAUAGAGAUAGAGAGAGAAGAAAGACAGUGGUUGAGAAAGAGGUGAAGAGCGUGUGUGCGCGCGCGCGCGCGUUCGCGCGUAGAGACGCGUGCGUCCUCGUGUGUGCUUGCGACGUAUCUCGGAUAGCAGGAUAGAACAGAGAUGAAUGGACGGUUGGUCUGCCGUGCCUUAUCGCGACGAUGAUAUCGAGAAGAGGCCGAAUACGAGACUCUAUCGAGGAGCCGUCUUUGGAAGCAUCGGGAGGACGAUAUGGCUUUGGGCCUGUGCUCCCUUCAUCCUCAUUUUCCAGGACGAAAUCGACUGAGGAUACUUCUUCGUUCGAGACGGUGGUGAUUAUCGGAGAGGAAGAGCACUGUAGCCGGCAGUGACCAUGGCGCCUCUCGUCGCGUGCGUGUAAACAGUGCUCAGAGACCACGUUCGAAUAGUGUCCUCCUUUGCUGCUACUCCUCCCUUCCUUCUCUCACUCGCAUACUCCGAUAUCACCCCCUACUUCUCAAACAGUGUUCGGUCAUUUAUGUGUUGUGCGAAGCAUCGGUGUUACUGCAGGGAGAGAAAGAAAGAAAUAGAGAGAGAGAGAGAGAGAGAGAAUGAGAGAGAAAAAAAGGCCUGGAAGUGUCUUAAGUAAAAUCUAAUUUAUUCAUUUUUUUAUUUACUAAUUCAUUUUAACUUUGAGGAUAUGAGAUCGUGUGAGAGAGAUCACGUAUUAGGGUGGAAAUUCGUUAGAUCUCUUUUGUUCUUUCCUUUCCUCCACAGGUAUCUAUCUUUCUCCCUCAUUGUUUCUAUCUCUCUCAUGGGAGCUAAGUGAUGCUUAUACGUGAUGCUUUCUUGCUGACUUAACAACUGGAGAGGCAAGAAUGGUUGUUGAGUCUUCUUCGGGGUUCUCACACGAACGAUUUAAUGCUAACCGAGGAACAUCUAAUCAGGAUAUUUUUUUUUCCUUGGGUUUUUGAGAUGAACAUUUUUACAUUUCUACUCGCUGAAAGCUUGUUUCACUUAUUUAUUUCUUUUUCAAUGUGGGAAAUGAUAUUGCAUCAUCGCAACGUGACCACGACGAACACGGCAUGUGCCUUGUCCGUUUAAAUGCGGAUCUUGUGUUCCUCCUACUUGUUCUACGUGUUCUUCCUCCAUGUUCUGCGUGUGUGUAUGUGCGUGUACGUAUGUGUCCGUGCGGUACCACUAACAGUCGAUACGCUAAACUGUUUCCUUUUCAUCUCCUAAGAUAACUGUGUUUUAAUGUCCCAUUGUUGUUGUUGGAGAUGAAGUAUCGUAAUUUUGUGAUGAGAAAAAAGGAAAUCUCGAAUUUCUGUUUGCACUCGCGUCUUUACGCUAUGUCAGUUAUCGAUGCAACUAAAUUUGUUGCACGGUUAUGCGUGAUUUAGAAGAAGCUGCUUAUAGCCAUUGCCAAAAAUUUUCCAAAGUAUUUACCUUUGCCGUACGAAGUUUCAAGAAAAGGUGGUUUGGACGAAAGGAACGUUCACGUUUCGAUCGAGGAGUCGAGAUAAUCCAGUAGGGGUGGCUUCCUCUUUCUCUCUCUCUCUCCCUCUCUCCCUCUUUUUCCCUUCCUCUCUCUGAUUCUCUUUUCCCAUUUAUCUCUAUCUCUCUUCCUCAUACAUAACCGAAAGAAAGUUAGCUCUAAAUCCUAGCGUUUUUUUGCCAAGCUAUGUUGCAAACGCAACUGGCAUUCAUAAAAUACAAACGGAAACUCUCUCUUUCUUUCCAUCUUACUCGCUCUCCUUACUUUCGAUUGCAUUGCAGAGUAAACAACAGCAUUGUUGUACUUCAUCUUCCGGCAACUUUUUCAGUUUAAAUAUCACUUCGCUUAUAGUUCCUUUAUUAAAUGAAAAAUUCACUGAAAUUUUAGACCAACGUCGGUCGAAAAAAGUUCGCCUUUAUAUGAAGGGUUGUUGUUGUUGUUGUUGUUGAAUCAUUCCGAUUAACAAAUUGUUUUGAAAUUCAACAUUUUCUUGUUUCCUUUUUCUUUUUGAUUUUGUUAAAAAGAUCAUGCAUUUAUCCGUAACCCUAAACUUUGUGCUUUCCACGAAUUCAUAUUCUUACAACGAUCAUCUUCGUUUUGAUCAAAAAGAUCGCUGACGAUCGUUGUAAAAAGCAGAAUAUGAAGGGAGCAGACAGGAGUGACACGUGAUUCAACGAUGUUACAGGCGUAACAGCGGACGAACGUGUGUGCGGUCGGUCGAGGUAAAAGCGUGACGAUAUCGAAGAGCACAGUGACUCGUUGCUGCUAUUAAGUAUACAUAUAUGUAUAUAUAUACAUAUACGUAUAUGCAUGUGUGAUAGAGGAAUUGAAGGAUCGUGCGAGUGACGGAUGUGGCGACGUGGGAAAAUACGCUGACGAUUUUCGUACAUUCAAUCGGCUUAACCAAUUUCCAACCAUUCCUAAAUACCCCGCGUGAUUAUCUCUCUCUCUCUCUCUUUUUCUAUAAUUAUCAUUGUGUACAAAGUUCGUCCUCGUUAAUCAAGUCAGUUGCAAUGGUGUUGCACGAGGUGGUGAUCUUCUACAAGGCCAAUUUGGAUAGAGGAAGCUCAACACCUUUGUGUCCACCUUUAUUGACGCAUACUCAAAGAAGACUGAGGUGUAUCAUCCCACAUUCGAAACAACAUAUCGCUUAUCCACCAUAAAAAGGGGGAGAAGGGUGAUGGCCCGUACCACGCGCUCGCGACGAAAAAUGGCGAAUACGAGCGAUGCUCCCUCGACUGCGAGCAGCCUUUUGUCGAACACGACUACGACGCCUUUCAGCAACCCCACGUCAACGACCUACUCGACUGAGGGCUAUACCUUCAAUUACAGCGACCUCGCGAAUUUCGCCGGUUACUCAUUGGAUGAGUUAAAUUACACAGGACUUUGGGUGGACGUGUGGAACGGCACCGAGGUUGCUGAUAACGUGACCGAGAGGUUAAACACCACCGUAUUGAUACCCGGUGGCUACUGUGACGAGUGGGAGGCAGCACAGCACAAGCUCUUCCAGGCAGCGAAUAUAUUUUACAUGGUGGCCUUUCUGGUGCCGCGUUCGUUUAAGGCCUCCGUAUUGGCCCUUCGUACGUUUCUAACGGCCGGAUUUAUGCUGGCUGCUUUGUGGGCCGGUAUCACCAUAUGUGCUCUAGACGCCAUGCUUUGGAAUCUUAUCCUCGGCCUUUUAAACGGCAUACACUCCUUGAUACUAGCUUGUCGAUUUUUACCGCCUGCUCUCAGCCCGGAGCUCGCGGAGCUGUACCUCAAGCUCUUCAAGCCUUACAAGGUCAGCAAAAAGCACUUUCAAGAAUUGGCCAAAGAAGCGAGGAUACUCAAAUUGGAUCCUGGUCAAACAUAUGCGACCGAAGGUAUCACGCCCGCGGACGAAAGGCUAUCAAUACUCUUGCGUGGACAGCUGAACGUGACGUGCGACGGUACUCACCUGCACCAUGUCAGCGCUUAUCAAUUCGUCGAUUCGCCCGAAUGGGAGGCCACGCACGAAAACAUCGAUGAUGUCUUCCAGGUAACGAUACGAGCCGAGGAAUCCAGUACAUACAUCUGUUGGACUAGGUUAAAGUUGCUGAGGGUAUUAAGGCAUAGGCCGUUGUUAAAAAUCGUUCUCAACACCCUCAUCGGUAAGGACAUUACGUCCAAGUUAUACGCCCUUAACGAGCAACUCGCUGACGUCUCCACGGUCAGUGAGAACACCACGUCGAAUCCUUACAGAGGCGUCGCCAGAAGUCUUAGCGUAGACGCCGUAAACACAGAAACUGCCGGAAGAGUUCGCUCGACCACGUGGAAGGCGCAAAGGAGGCAUAGUAAUCCGCGUAGCGACAGAAGUUCACCGGCCCGAUACUCUCAUCAGUAUUGGGCGCCUGUGGUGGCAAAUCAUUUUCCACCGACUUCGCCCUUCACCCAGGGCCAAAACCUCGGGUAUUCGUUACUGCCGCAAGGUGUUCAAUUCUCGCCACCACGGCGGGCGCCACUCAUUUCACAUCCGCCACUGACUCGGCAACGUAGUGGUGGUACGGGUGGCGAUUACACCUUGCUACCUCAAACACCGAAGCUCGAUAGGAAGCGUUCGAAAAAGGGCACCAGGGAGGUGACGUUCGAAACACCGGUAUGACGGUCGCUCGACGGGGAGGGCCCAGCCAGCGUACCGCUUCUUUCGCUGUCUCCGUUACGUUUUGCCUAGCCCCGUCGAGGUCUCGAGAAUCUUAAGAAGCAAGUCAAAUUCAAAAAGGGAUUCUCAUUGCUCGAGCAUUCACCUCCAAGGCGUCUAUUUUGGUGGAGUUCAGACGAGAAGACGCAAGAUGGAGGAAAAAGAAGAGGAGGCCUAUUGGCUGAACUUCGAGUCCCCACCCCUGGCCCCUCCGCCUCCUCUUCGAUAUCUAUACGGACUUAUCAGGAUGAUCCGGACGUCGAAGAGACGACACUGUGGUUCUAAAGAAAUAGGAAAAAAAAAAAAAGGAAAAAUUCGACGAAGCUCCUUCUGGGUCUGCCAGGCUCCUUUGAAAAAAAAAAAAAUAAAUAAAUAAAUAAAAAAAUAUUUGCACUCGCUCGGACUCCUUCUUCAAACUUUUUCGUAAAUAUCGCGAGUGCUACGAGCCUUAUACACAUAUACAUACAUACACACACACAUACAUACAAAUAGUACACACACGUCUAACAUAUACACAGGUGCUGUAUGUACAGCCAACAAAAACGAACGAAAUGAACUUUAACUCGCUAUAAGGAAUGAAAAAUAAUACAAAAAUAAAAGAAGUUAAAAAGAGAGAGGAUCCGCGAGAGCGUGAAUGCAUCGAGGUCGGACUAGAAGGGAGUCGAAGGAUGAAACGUGGUAAAACCGGCGGGUUGGGAAGGGGUGGGAGAGAGCGGGCCGGGGAAAAGGGAGGGAGGAAAUGGAAAAGCUUUUUUACCUUCACCGAAGAACGUCCUUCCUAAUUUUUCGAGGAAUCUCUAUUUAUACGUCUCUCUUUCUCUUCCUUUUUCGUUGCUGGAAAAUGUGAGGAAAGUUGAAAAGAGAGAAAAAGAGAGAGGGAGAAAGAGUGAGAUAGAGAGCAAAAAAAAAGGAAGAGAAAAAGGGGUAGAAAGAAGAAUAUCGGAGUAUACGUUCGCGUAAUAUCUUCAACGUGGAUAGAUACUCCGUUGUAUUA